UUUCUGCUUUUCUAGCUUUUUAUAAUAGUGUGAGCAUGUUUCACCAAUAAAAAAAUGAGGGACUUAAAAAAAAUUUUAAAUGGUUCAAUUGGAUAAAUUGUCUGGAAAUAAUUAAAUAAAAUUCCAUAAAUGUUUUUGUGCUUCCACUUACAUUCAUAAUAUAAAUCGGUUAAACCAGGUUGCAUUUAAUGUCUUUUCCAUUUUAUCUGAACAAAAUAACCCUGAUUGACUGAUGUAACAUUUAAAACCAGUGUGUUUUGGAUCAACUUUACUUUCAAGAGAAUUGCAAAAUCCCAAUGAGUGAGAGCACCUCAGUCAGGCUUGUCUGAUAAUGAUGCAAAUACCUGCAGUCACCAGGGGAAAAGGCAAUGACGUUAUGUUUUUAAACAAAGUAAAGAGAGAGAAGCUGUCAGAUAAUUUAAAAGCUUGACUUAUUUCUCUCAAAUAUAAUCAGGAGACGGGUUCCCUCUGCAACUCAACAAAUCAAGGGUGACUGUCAGAAAAGGACACUGCUAAAUGAAUCGCUGUUCUCUCAUCUCUUAAAUAUUUUUUACAAUGGAAUUAUUCAACUCUGCUUUAGGGAGAAAUAUCACAUUUGUGCGUCCCCCAUACUUCAUAAUAAGUGGAUUUAUUGGCUUACCUAAUAUGAAAUAUUACUAUGUUUUUCUCUUUUUUGUCUAUAUUGUUUCAUUGCUGGGCAACGCUGCUGUUAUAACUGUCAUUUAUUUAGAUCCAAACUUAAGAACUCCAAAAUACAUUGCAGUUUUCAACCUUGUAUUUGUGGACCUGUUGGGUAGUACAGCUCUGGUGCCAAAGGUGAUUGACAUCUUUUUGUUUAACCACAAUAUAAUUCCCUAUAAUGACUGCUUGACGUUCCUUUUUUUCUGCUACAUCUGUCUUUCAAUGCAGUCUUUUAACCUGGUUGCUCUCUCCUAUGACCGACUGGUUGCCAUCAUUUUUCCCCUGCACUAUCAGGUGAAGAUGACCUACAAGUUCAUGUUUUCCUUAAUCGCCUCUUUCUGGAUCUUUAACAUAACUGCUGUUUUAAUUGCAGUCGGUCUCAUCACAAGACUCUCGUUCUGCAAAUCUUUAGUUGUAAACAGCUUUUUUUGUGACCAUGGACAGAUUUACCGGCUUGCGUGCAAUGACAAUUUUCCUAAUGAUGUACUCAGUUUUCUGUAUCCUGUUUUUCUUUUUUGGUUUCCGCUGGUUUUUAUCCUGUUAAGUUAUCUUUACAUAUUAUACACAUUAGCGAAAGUGGCAACAUUACAACAAGGAGUUAAAGCUUUUAAGACCUGUUUGGCUCAUCUCUCAUUAGUGGUCAUUUAUUUCACCCCGCUGCUGGUUACAUUCACUUUGAUGGAAAAAAUCCAUCCAAACUACAGGAUUAUAAACUUAUCUUUGACCUCAGUUAUUCCGUCCAUGUUGAACCCAAUCAUUUAUGUUCUGCAAACACAAGAAAUCAAGGUAUCAAUGAAAAAAAUAUUAAAAAGCUGCCUGAAAAACAAAAUUAGAGCUCGAAAACCCCCAACCAUGUGACUCAUUCAUUAAAUGUGAUUCUCUGACAAUUUAUUUUAGCUAGCAUUUGUGAGAUAUUUACUAUGUGGCCUCAUUUGAUACUGGUGAAUAUAUAUUAAAAUUGAUUAAGUUUUUUUGGAGUAAAUGCAAAUAUUUUUAUCAACAUCUUUUUUAAAGAUACUAGGUACUGUCCU